GGCCUUAUCCAGGAAGUAGAAAAACAUCAACAAUCCUUCCAGGUUGGGCGAAGUGUCGGGGUAGCGUUUAGUGAGGUGGCCUUUCUGGAGCCUACAUUUUCUCUUAAGCUCUGCUUUAUUUAGCUAUUUUUAAAGCGUGAGUUUUAUAGGAGCCUAAACAUGUCGUUGUUCGGCAAGAUAUUCGGAGGAGGAGGAAAAGGGGGAAAGGGACCAAGUCCACAGGAGGCGAUCCAGAAACUCCGUGAGACGGAGGAGAUGCUAACGAAGAAACAGGAAUUUUUGGAGAAAAAGAUCGAGCAGGAGCUGCAGAUCGCGAAGAAAAACGGCACGAAAAACAAGAGAGCGGCGCUGCAGGCUUUGAAAAGAAAGAAGAGGUACGAGAAACAGCUGGCCCAGAUUGAUGGCACGUUGUCGACCAUUGAGUUCCAGAGGGAGGCGCUGGAAAACGCCAACACCAACACCGAAGUGCUCAAGAACAUGGGUUUUGCAGCCAAGGCCAUGAAGUCUGCCCAUGAAAACAUGGACAUCGACAAGGUGGACGACCUGAUGCAGGACAUUACGGAGCAGCAAGAGCUGGCUCAGGAAAUCUCUGACGCCAUUUCCAAACCCGUUGGCUUCGGAGAGGAGUUUGAUGAGGAUGAGCUGCUGGCGGAGCUGGACGAGCUGGAGCAAGAGGAGCUGGAUAAAAACCUGCUGGAGAUUGGUGGACCGGAGAACGUCCCCCUCCCCAAUGUGCCUUCUACUUCAUUACCUUCCAGACCUGCCAAGAAAGAAGAAGACGAAGACGACAUGGAGGACCUGCAGCGCUGGGCGGAAGCCAUGUAAACGCAGCAUCCCCUCACAUCACGCCUGCAUCUAACAGAGGAAGAAACAAGGGGAAUGGGAUAGAAUGAACUCAUAGGAUGUUGAGUGUUUUUGUGUGUCUGAAGAGAGUUGACGUGUAACACUACAAAUAAGAAACAAUGCUGUACUUCUUUUUUUUCUUCCCCUUUUUAAUUUUGUCCCCUAAAGGAAUGUGGAGACCCGGGGGCGCUUGGCCCUAACGAGCCUGCAACGCUCUCCGUGUCAUCUAUUUGUUUUUACCGUCCGUUUCAAAACAACCCCUUCAUGGUCCCGAAAGCAGGCGGGCCCAUUUUAGCGGAAGCAGCGUUUGAUUCCAGCACUGCGGUGCGGAGAUCAACUGAUGUUAAAAACAUCACAGGCUGAUCUGAGAAUUUUCACAGAAGCUAAAUCCAUAAAGAUCUUGUUCCAACAUAUAUGUAUUUGUGUUGUUAAACCCCUGAAUAUUUUUUUUCUCCUUACCUCGCUUGGCUUUUCUUUUUUCUUUUUGUUUUGGCUCUUAAACUAGAAGCAUGCAUUGGGUGAGGAUUCUGCAGAAUCUGUGUGUGUGUCUGUUUGCAAGAACCGUAACCUCUUAUUUUGUUUGAAGCUGCGGGGCUCUGACCCUCCUCUUUACCUCCUGUCAUCAUUUUUGCCUCAGAAGGCAACCUCACCAGUGGUUCUUGUUAUUUGGUGUAAAUAUCUCAAAUGUAUCUCUUUUUGCAUAAACUGUAUCGAGGGGUUUCGGCUGAGGUUGUGUGAAGCAUGCAGAGGAGGGAAGUCACGAUACAGAUCACACCACACGGAUGUUUAACCUCAAACUUUUCAUCCUGCUCUCCAUGUCUUUGUCCUUCUCAUAAGGGUUUUGUUUCAAAUUGUAUAUUGUUAAAAAAUAAUAAUAGUUAUAAUAAACUAUUGUAACACCUUACUAGUUGCAUUCGGAUGGAAGUGGUGAUUUGCGAUUUCAGAUUAGUCAACCCACAGCCAACUGCAUUUUGGAGUUUAAAGAAUUCAUUUUUGAGGUCACAACUUUUUACAUAAAAAAGAAAAAAUACACAAGGACAGAUGGGCAAGCGUGUUUGCAUUUCUGUUUUAUUUAUCCAGAUGAGAAUAUUAUUUGCAGAAUCAUUAAAAGUUUACAAUUCCUU